GAACAUCAUAUACAAACUAGCUAUGGUCCCAUAUCGGUUGCUGUGUUUGGAGAUCAUGAAAAGCCUGCACUAGUUACUUAUCCAGAUGUGGCUUUGAAUUAUAUGUCCUGCUUUCAAGGAUUAUUUUUUUGUCCUGAAGCUUCUACGUUGCUGCUGCACAAUUUCUGCAUAUACCAUAUAAGCCCUCCAGGUCAUGAGUUGGGAGCUGCUCCAAUUUCUUUAGAUGUCCCAGUGCCUUCUGUUGAUCAGUUAGCAGAUCAGGUGGCAGAAGUUCUUGAUUACUUCGGGUUAGGUUCGGUGAUGUGUUUGGGUGUCACGGCGGGUGCUUAUAUUCUUACCCAUUUUGCUACAAAAUAUAGGGAGCGAGUUCUUGGUUUGAUGCUUGUCUCACCUUUAUGCAAGGCUGCCUCCUGGACUGAGUGGUUGUAUAAUAAGGUUUUAUCGAAUUUGCUAUAUUUUUAUGGGAUGUGCGGCUUGAUCAAGGAAUGCUUGCUUCAGCGAUACUUUAGCAAGGAAGUUCGUGGAAGUUCACAGGUUCCCGAGUCAGAUAUUGUACAAGCCUGUAGAAGUUUGCUUGACGAAAGGCAGUGUACAAACGUCUGGAGAUUUCUUCAAUCGAUAAAUGCGAGACAUGACUUGACGGAAUCAUUGAAGAAACUGCAGUGCAGGACACUAAUUUUUGUGGGUGAGAACUCUCCCUUCCACUCCGAGGCCCUUCACAUGGCCACAAAGCUGGACAGAAGAUACAGCGCCUUGGUUGAGGUCCAGGCGUGUGGUUCAGUUGUGACAGAGGAACAACCCCAUGCGAUGCUGAUGCCCAUGGAGUACUUCCUCAUGGGAUAUGGUCUGUACAGGCCAUGCCAGCUGAGCUGCAGCCCACGGAGUCCGCUCAGUCCAUCAUGCAUCUCCCCUGACCUGCUAUCACCUGAGAGCAUGGGAGUGAAGUUAAAGCCCAUCAAGACGAGGGUCUCACUCCAGGUUUGAGUGGGUAGGGCGGGGGCGGUACGACAUACUCACAGUCACAGUUAGGUGAAGUCCCAGGCAAGUUUAAUGAUGGAUAACGUGAAUAGUGUAACAUUUGAGAUGUCCUUGUCCUAUAGAUAUGGUUUUGUAAAGUCCCCCCCCCCAUUUUUUUAAGACGUGGAGAUUUGAUUUACUGGGCUGUAGAUAUGCACAAGAUAAAGUUGAGGUGAGGAGGCGGUAUAUAAAGGACGAGUGGAGGGGAGCGGGUCAGAUUCUUCUAUUCCAUUCAUUCGUAGAGACAACACGUGUAAAUCUUUUCAUUAUUUAUUACUGCCAAAUAAUAAGAAGCAAUGUCCUUGUAUCAUUAGGUGGAUAUGUGCUAUUACUGUAUCACCAUUUCGCAAAUGUAAUUUCUUUUUCGUUAAAAAAAACAAAUGCAACUUCUUUAGCUGGC